ACCGUCAAUUACACCGUUAUAAUGGUAGAUCUCGAUAAAGAUCCUCGUGUAAAAGAGAAGUGCUCUAAAAAUCAACAGCUUUUCUUCAAAAAGCACUGUGCCGCUUCGGAGUACUUGGCUGACACUGACUGGAUGCUUGUGUUAGAUGCUGAUACGGGCGUCGUUAAUCCCAAUCACUGCAUUGAGGAAUGGAUUGACGAUAGAGUUGAUUUGCUGUUUUACGAGCGUUUCUUCAAUUGGGAGAUUGCAAGCGGAAACUACUUGGUAAGAAAUACAGAAUUUGGUAGAAAGUUUCUCAAAGCCUGGGGAGAUUGGGAAUUUACGCAACCGUCGAACUGGAAUGGCGCAGAUAAUGGUGUCUUGCAGCUCAUUAUGCUGGGUAAGAAACUCAGAAUUUGGAAGAAAGUUCUCAAAGCCUGGGGAGAUCGGGAGUUUACGCAACCACUGAACUGGAAUGACGCAGCGGUGUCUCCACUUGCUAUUCAAAUUUUGACGACAGUCAUGCCUGAUGCAAAACAGGAAGCCGAGAAUUGCGAUAAAAUUUGGCACAAUGCCACAAAUUACGAUACCUAUCUGGCGUAUGUGUCAUGCGUGAAGCAGGCACUCGGUGCAGCGAGGAUGUGGCCGGGAAAGCUUAGGAUCUACAGGAGAGCACAUGGAUGGGUGCGAGAUGGAUUCAUCACGACUGAUAAGUGGUGCGAUGCUGAUUUCAUGCUACAUGGAUGGAAGGCUCAGACCGUGGGCAAAGACGGAUGGGAAAGCCCAUUUAAUCAAAAUCUCGAUCCUACGAAAUGCGGAGUGGGAACAAAUGGCUGGGAUUGGAUACCCAAAAAGCAUGUCAAUGCUUCUGUAAUCAGAACCGAAUUAGCUAAUUUCGAGCGGUAUUCUGGAAAUACAUAUCCAAAACCAGCCAGAUCGCUUAUGUACUUAGCAAUGCCGGAUGUUGGAGAAUGUUAUCCGGACUGUGAUAAGGACACAUAA